AUGGGACAUGCCUCUAGGCCUGCUACUGGAACUGAUUGGGCAGUCCAGGAGAUUACAUUCCUCAAGGUCCCAGCCAGUAGAAGGGGUCAGGGUGAUCAGCAGCCUAGCCUGGCAGAGAAGCAUUGCUUUUCUCCUGGCAAGAAGACACCAGAACAUCUUCCACGCCUUGCAAACUGCGCUAUGGAGGUCCAUGCCCCUGACCCUAAAGUAAGUUUGUCUGCAGCCUUCAAAAAUCUUGGUCAGGGAGAUUCUGUCAAAAGCUUGGACCAACAGUUGAGAGUUAGCGGACACAGUGGCUUGUGGAAGAACAGUCCUGAAGCAACAACAGCAGGGGAGGACCAGGUGAAAAAGAGGGCAAGGACAUCACUUAGCAAGACCAGAAAACCAAAAACUUCAGCCUCAUUAGAAACUAGGCAGCACCUGGAUCAAGAAGUGGCCAUGGACACUGAAAACCCAAGGAGGAAAGGGCAUCAACAAAAGCCUGUGGGAAAUCUGAGGAAGGACAAUCUGGGAGGAGAAGGAGAGGGCUCAGAAAUAGUCAGACAUCUGCAAAAACUUUAUAGGCAGUACAAAUGCAUUGCUCCUCUGGAAGAAAACACCUUUUUGCAGGGCAAGAAGAUCAAGCCCCAUUCUAGAAGCUCCCUAUUAGCUGGAGAGGAGCUGUUAGGCCAAGACAAAAUGGAAGAGAAGAAAGCCUUCAAUAGUCGUGAAAAACAGCAUUUCUCCUGUGAAAACACUAACCCGAUGAAAAAAGCAAGGUCAGUGGACCAGAAUCUGCUGGCAGGAGCCAAUCCCCACUCCCUAACCAGGAGGAAGAUGAAGUCCUUGGAGACAGUCAGAUCUCAUCCUGAUAGAGAAUCUGGUCAGGCCAACACCAAAAGAAGAGUACAGCUGUCUUCUCACAAUGCCAAACAGGGUGCUUCAGAAAGAAAUGCUGUGAGGCCUAAGUGGCAGCCCAGGGAGGAGGGCUGGGCCCCCACAAUCCAGGGGACACCAGUUAUUCUAUCAGCUCGGGGACACACCUACCUCCCAAAGUAA